GGCGGACACGUCGUAUAACAGAUCUAUUAAAGAAUAUUUUUCAAACAUUUAUAAACUACGUAAUAAAAUCAUUUUAUUCGAUUAAACAUACACAUUAAUACGAACAAUUUGUUCGCCCAAAAGUUCCGAGGGCAAUCUAUUGUAUAGAUCGUAACGAGCCGCGAAGCUAUCUCUCUCUUAGUGGUUGGUCAAGAUGGCCGAAAAGAGCGACUCAAUAACGCCGGGUUCCACGUCGGCUACGAUCGGUCAACAAAAUAAUAAUAAUUCGUUAUUUCUAACGAGUUUCGUCGAGGAAAUCAUUAAAAGUCCGAUUAAUCUUUUAUUGGUCGGUAUAAUAGCCCUACUCGUAUAUAAAAUAAUUAAGAGUAAAAUUAAAUCGGAGGAACCAUUGGAAGAGAUCAAACAUUUACCAAAAUUACAUCGUGACUUUACUAUCGAGGAAUUGAAAAAGUAUGACGGCAAUGGGACCGACGGAAGAAUAUUGGUUGCACUUAAUGGAAGCGUUUAUGAUGUUACAAGAGGUGCCACGUUCUACGGCCCUGGUGCACCAUAUGCAGUAUUUGCUGGACGUGAUGCUAGCAGAGGAUUAGCAACAUUUACAUUAGAACCGAUUAAAGACGAGUAUGAUGAUUUGAGCGAUUUAGACAGUGAACAAAUGAGUUCUAUGAAGGAAUGGGAAUUGCAAUUUAAAGAGAGGUACGAUUAUGUUGGGAAAUUAUUAAAACCGGGAGAGGAACCAACGAAUUAUUCGGAUGAGGAGGAUGAAGGUAGUCAGCAAGAGACUGAAAAUAAAUUGGAUCAACAAAAUGCAAAAUCUGACGUCUGUGAAAUCAAAAAUAAAGCAAAAGAUGAUUGACCGCCCCGUUCUGUGUCGAAAAUGAAACAGGAAUUUUGGGAAUACACUGAGCGCACAGAGUUGUUAAGGAAAUUUUUAGAUUUAUCAUUCGUAGAAAUGUUUACGAACGUUCAGCCGAAUAUUUUAUUAAUUUUUAACAAUAUUUCUGGAAGAUAAGUAAGGUAAUAUCUUUUAGUUAAAUCUAAAACUCUGAGCUGGUGUUUCGUAUAAAGACUUCAUUUGAGUGCCUGAUUUCGACAAAAAGAAACACACAAACAAACAAACAUAUACACACACACACACACACAUAUUCCGAUUAUUAUAUACAAUCUUUUUAUAUAUGUACAAAGAAUUUUUCUACAAAAGUCACGUCAAAAAUUUCUAUUAGACAGAAUUUAAUAACU